CCGGAAACUUUUGAUUGGUAGUGUAUAUCCAAAGAUGAGUGACUCUUCCUAAUCAUUAAUAACUAUUAGGAUACAAAGCCUGCUUUGUCCAAUGACUAACCCUGGCAAGUCCUAAAUUAAACAAACAAUCUGCAAAUUUUGACUAACGCAUGCAAGCUAAAUUGGUUCUACGAAUGAGUAGUAAUUGUUCCUAUAUUGACUGACAAGGAGAUAAACGCUAUCAUCUGGUCCUUAUCAAACUGACCCGAGUAGCCAGUUAGACGAAUGUGAUACUAAACUUAGUUGCAUUUAUAUUUACGGAAAAGUAUAACAAAAAAAUGAUUCAAAAAAAUCACGUCGUGGUGGUUGGAGCUCGAGACGAGGAUGUGCCAAAUUCUAAAAGUCUCGCUGUUUGUAAAUGCAUUGUUUGUAUUUUUAUCACAUUUUUGUUGGUAGUGAAUUUGUUGGUGGUGACUCGUUUGAACAGUAUGAGUCAAGAAAUUGAAGCUUUGAAAAUUAUUGUUAGUGGAAAUUUAAACAGUGUGAGCUACAAAAGUGAUGAGCUUUUAAAAACCACUCAAGCAGUGUGAAUUGUGCGGCCUGUACUUUUACGGGCUAGUUUUCUGAAGAUGGCUCAGUGUAAAAUAAACCGAAUCGUCAAGGAAAACUUAAGAAUAUUCAUAAUCAAUCGACCGGAAUACCAUACAACCAAAGAAAUCUACAAGAGCAUGGUAAUCAAUCAGAUAUUCUUUACUAGUACAGUUUAUCUUGAUUCCAGGAAAAUACGUAUAUGAAGUUUGCUGAUUUUGAUGGCUAUCAAGAAAACGAAGAUCAGUUGAUACCAGAUAACAUAGAGGAAACCGAAAAUCAGAGCAAAAAUGUAGAAUAUUUUGAAAUGUCUUCGAGUCAGGAAAGAGAAAAUGAUACAGAUGACGACACAAGAAAUGACACUAGAGAGGAAGCUACAUAUUCCCCCGACUUCAGAGAGAGGGAGAACAGUUUCGAACAUCACGGAAGUUUCAAGCACAAACAUUUGGAAGUUCUGACAGAAAGACACCCCAGGGUAGGCAGGAUCAAACCGCUGCCUUCAGCUCAUUUCAGUGGAGACACUUCUAGGUACAUCCUGGGUCAACAUCCGAACUUCAACGGGAAUGGUCACUUGAAGCAUCUCCAAAGGAUGUUUAUGGACUGGAAACCUAGCGAGUGGGCGCACCACACUGGACUGGAUUCACAUUUUCAAUCUACUAUUUGGACGAGCACGACAUAAUCGGGUACAAGGUCUUCAAAAACAGCGACGUAAUUCUACAGUGUACAAUUACUGUCCACACUACAGAAAGGCGUAUGAAAGGCAACACUUGUUAUACUGCAGGAAUGGAAUACCUGCAAGAAGGCGACAAUAUAUCCAUAGAAAACGUAUACGAUGGAAGAUACUCUUUAUUUGAACCUGGAAAAUCUUUCUUUGGUGUUAUAAAACUUGGUGAUAUUAGGAUUAAAUAGUUAGAUGCUUGGUGUAUGGAAAAUAUAUACCUGUACAGCACGUAACGUUUUUUGUACGUAAUUGAUUAACGUAUUCUACCUGAAGAUAGUCAACCUAAUGCCGUCUUCACGCAUCCAAAAAAUUAUCCGAGAUAAAAUAAAAUACCCUAGCGUGGUCUAUCUGUCCUUAUCAUAGCUGUUGUUUUAUAGGGUGUCUGCAAAGUUCCGGAAUCCCACGGUAAUUUGUGAACUAGUAAUGGUAUGAAAAAGCCCCGAUCGAUGGGAGUUUUCUCCAGCUAUCCAAUGGGGACCUUGAAUUUGACCUUGAGCAUGAACAUCAAGGUCAUUUGAAGUUUAAUUCGAUUUUUUACCCCCUACAUGACAAGAGCAGAGCAUUCUACGUUCAAACAUGGUCUUGAUCAUUCUUAAAUUUGGACCUUGGGAGAUCAUGGUCAAGGUCAAACCCAAGUACGGUGAUAUAACUUUAAAACCAGUAGUCAUAUAGGGAAGCUCCCGAGACAUUUUUUCAUGAUUUUGCCCCGGAUACUCAACGGUGACCUUAACCAUGAUUACCUUCAAGGUAAUGUGAAGGUCAAGUCGAUUUUUUACCCCGUACAUGACAAGAGCAGAACAUUCUACGUUCAAACAUGGUCUUGAUCAUUCUUAAAUUUAGACCUUGGGAGAUCAUGGUCAAGGUCAAACCCAAGUACGGUGAUAUAACUUUCAAACCAGUAGUCAUAUAGGGAAGAUACCGAGACAUUUUUUCAUGAUUUUGCCCCGGAUAUUCAACGGUGACCUUAACCAUGAUUACCUUCAAGGUCAAGUCGAUUUUUGUAGCCAGGAAACAAUCCUGAAAGAACAGUGAAGUCAGUUUAUCUGAAGAUUACACAGUUUUCUGAAUCAUCAAGGUACUCUUUUUGUUUGACCUUGAUGAUCAAAUCCAGGGUCAAGUUCCAAAAGUGGUCAAUGACAUAACAUAAAAUCUUCCCGUUUCUCCAUUUCCGCAAUCAAAAGUAUAGGGUUCUAUUAACAAAAGAGCUAAUCUAAAAUGAGCUUGAAAGUCACCGCCAAGGUCAGACUAUCUGAAUAUCUUCAAAAGUGGCGGCGCUGGACUCUAUUGCAGAUGUUCUAGGGUGUUCUAUCUAAAAAAUACAUGUGUGCUAUGGCACGAAGCGAUGGAACACCCGGUACAUAUUAAAAUUAUGCAUAUAUAUAUUUCAGUUUGCUCGUAAUACUACUUUCCGUUUUUGUAGGGACACCAUGUAUUUAACAAAGCUUAGGGCAGUGACGCGUCUCCACCGACACUCCGAGGUUUUGUAUCGCGAUUUCGCGAAACAGCUGCUUCGUCGGGCACGAGGACCAUAUCGACACAGAAACGAUAUCAAUAUUAUUCUUCUUGCGUCCACGCGUACAUAGGCAACCUAUAGUCCAGUACAAUAUACACGCGGUUGCCUACUCCAUGUCUCAGGAACUAAUUAAAGUUCCGAUUUCAUCAAAUCCACAUUGAUCACCUAACCCAAAAUUUAAGUUUCUGACGCUUGUAUCUUUCUUUUCCUAUUCCGCAUUGGUCAACUGAGAAUAAUGCGAACCUAAAAUCUUCGGAAACUUGGAUUAUUUUUAAGAAACUGACCACUGCUCUUUCCUUUCAUGUUUGAUAAAAAAAAUUGUUAAAAAUAGAAUAGAAGUGUUUUACUGCACCUAAAGGAAUUAUAGCAAUCAUACUUGACAACACGAAAUUAUGAAUAAACGUCCAAAUACAGCAUAUGGUUGAGCAUCUUCUUGCUAAAUACGUUUAUUAAUGAUAUAAUCUAUACAUCAAAAAUUGAUAGUAAUCUUAGCGUACUAUUAUAUGGAAUGUAAUUAUGUAAGAUUUUAACUUAUUAUGCAAUUAAACUUAGAACUGGCAUAAGCUUGAACGUAAUUUUUUUAAGUGUGUCUUUUACGAUAUACAUUUAAUAAAGACAUGCUUGUUUUUGCACAUAUUUUACGACCUCAAAAAAUGUUUCGCAUUGCCUUGACCAAACUCAUAUUUUGGCAGCAGUCGCACCAGCGGCGAGUGUAAAAAAAUAACAGUAGGC